CUCUCUGAUCCACACUCUAAUUCAGAAGGUGGCGGUAAUGCACCAUAAGCUGUUUGCCAACUGCCAUUAAACAUCAGAAGAAGAAGGAAAAAUGAAGACUAUAAAGCAAUCAUUAAACUGGUUCAAGAAGAUUCUUCAUUUGGGACAGCACUCAACAAGGCAAGGCUAUCGGAUUAAAUAAGAUUGAAGGUGCUGCUGGAGUGUGGGGCCUAUGAGGAGGAAAGGAAGGAACUGACAUCCGCAUUAAAGAAAGCUAAGCUAAGUUUCACAGUAGGGAACAUACAGUGGGCCAAAAAAGUAUUUAGUCAGCCACCAAUUGUGCAAGUUCUCCCACUUAAAAAGAUGAGAGAGGCCUGUAAUUUUCAUCAUAGGUACACUUUAACUAUGAGAGUCAGAAUGGGGGGAAAAGAAUCCAGGAAAUCACAUUGUAGGAUUUUUAAUGAAUUAAUUGGUAAAUUCCUCAGUAAAAUAAGUAUUUGGUCACCUAGGAAUAUACAAUCACCUAAUUAAAUAAUUGAAGGAUUUAAUGGUUAAUAGAGAGAAUUUAAGUUCUUAUUUUUUGUAUUUGUUUUUGUUUUGUCUUUUAUUUAUCUGCCCAUCCACUGUUCCACACUCCAGUCUGAUAGGUGUACGGUAAUGGACCUGCGAGCUGGUUUUGAGCUGGAGUUCAGUGGAAGAGCAGCUAUAGACCAGCCCCGCUAUUGACAGCCGCUCCGGUUCGUGCCCUCAUAGAUGAACAGAUCAGCAUUAAAGGAAGUUUCCUGCCCCCACACUGUCCUGUCACAGUGUGUGCACAAAUGCACAGUGAGGAUGGUGACCUGUGGGAGGCAUUCGGCCAUUAUAAUACAAAUGCAGAUGGCACUGUCAACUUGAUCAGGGAUCAGUCAGUCGGGGGUUCAUAUUUGGGCUGUGAGCCAAUGGGACUGUUCUGGGGACUGCAGCCGGCUCCUGGUGAAAGAGAAGGUUUGAGGCUGAGGAAAAAAAACGUAGAGACUCCAUACAUCGUGUUCAUGUCUUUACUGGAGGGCCACGUUUCACCCAGAGAGAGACGGAGCACUGAGCUGGCUGCCGUAACUAUUGAACGCUGGUACAUGGCACCAGGCGUACAGAGAAUAGAGAUUCGCCAGAAUGGAGUUGUGGGAACAUUGUUUUUACCGCCCGGCCCAGGCCCAUUUCCAGCCAUGUUAGACCUGUGGGGAAUGGGUGGAGGACUGCCAGAGUACCGCUCCGCCCUGUUUGCAUCCAGAGGCUAUGCUAGUCUGUCCCUUGCCUAUGUAGGGCACAAAGAAUUGCCUGGCCCACAAAACCGCAUCAAUGUUGGUGAUUCAUAUUUCAAGUCAGCAUUCCACCUUCUUCAAGAUCAUCAUCAGGUCUGUGCCGACAGAGUUGGGAUCAUCGGUCUGUCCUUUGGAGUCUACCUGACUCUUCGAAUUGCCACUCAGACUGGUGUCAAACCAUCCUGUUUGAUUUGUAUCAAUGGCCCAGUAGGAAGUACCAUCAAGCUCUCAGAUGCAGAUGGCAAGACUGUGCAGUUUGAAAGUGACCAGAAAUAUUGGACGUAUGAUGAUCAAGGCCAUGUCAGUUUCAGAGACGUCUCCUUGCCUGCUAACCUUUUGCCUGAGAGCAAAGUGAAGUUAGAGCACCUCGCCUGUCCAUUAAUGUACAUAGUGGGUGAAGAUGACCUGAGCGCUUCAAGCAUAGAGAACGCAAACCUGAUCGAGGAGACCCUGAGGGCUGCAGGUAAAUCCCAGCUGUUCACCCGUUUGUCGUACCCCGGUGCCGGUCACCUGAUUGAACCACCUUACACACCAAAUUCAAGAGCGUCCCUGUGGAGCGUCAAACCAAUCAAACGGAUCACUCUGUGGGGAGGUCACCUUGCACCCCACGCUGCUGCCCAGGAAGAUGCCUGGAAGAAGAUCCUGGAUUUUAUGGAAAGUGUUCUGAGACAGUGAAUCUGUGGUGAAUCACUGACUGUGAAAUGCUGCAUUUAUUUUAGAGAGUUUUACAUGCAGAGAAGUGAGGGAGAAAAUAUAAAUGUGUUUUAGAUGUAAAGAACCUUCCAGAACUAGUGUGUAACAAAAACUCAUUCAUAUUUAGCAGGCUGCAGAUUUACCACAAGGGGGAGCUGUUCGGUUGUCUGAACUGUUCUUAACCUGCCAACCAACACCUUCAGAAGGGAAGGAAAGUGAUCUUAGCAGUGAAGCGACGCAACAGUCGUUUUUUUGUCACUGCUAGUUCUUGCCUAUAGACACAUUAUGUGUCUUCAUCUGCAGGUCUAACAUGUUGCCACUGUUACUUUCCUUGCCAAAAUGUGGUUGCAGCUUAGACUGGAACUAUUGAUUCAGAGAUGUAGGUCUGAAGCUGCGGCUGUGAAGUUGAAUGAUCCAGUCCAGUUUCAGGUACUCAACCUCUGUGACACUUGUGUGUCCUUGUGGUAAAUGUAUGGUUCUUCAUGUGUUGUCAUCAUUUAGACAUCUUUUUUUUUAUGCAACUUUAUUUUAACAAACUUUUAUAAUACUCAACUAACGAUGUAACAAAGAUGCAAGAUGGUCAAAAUCUUCUCAGACACCCUGUUCAUGUACACUAAUCACUCAGUCCCAAUUAAAAAAUUCAGACACUC